UACUAGUAAGCAAGGCAGCAAGGAAUUGAUCGAAGAUCUCGACAGUCAGAUUGCUUUUAGGGGAAUAUGCAAAAAGGAUUGCUCGACAGUCUCAGACCACCAUGGGACCUGUGCUGCUGUGCCUAGCCAUCGCCGCCGCCACCGCCGUGUGCGCAGCAUCAUCAGGAGCACCACCAUCUCCCGAUGCGGCGGCCGUCGCCGUUGGUAGCUGCCCCACGUACUCCGGAUCAGGUUACUCUUCUGCAUCUGACGGCGGCAACCAAGAAGAGUAUGAUCCCAAUAAAGAAAAUCCGUGUAAACGGUCAUGUGGCUCUAUGUCCAUUCCUUUCCCAUUCGCUCUUCUAUCCGCAUGCUCUGGCAGUAAAAGAUUUCUCCUAAACUGUACAUCAAAUAAAACACUUAUCGGAAUUCCGCCAGCGCAAUAUCAGGUGAUAAAUAUAUCAUUAGACGAUGGUGUCCUAUUUGUGAACAAGCCCUCAAACCUUGGAGAUAUCAUCACAACGCCAACGGUGGCAAACGAGUUACAUGACUUCGACUUCUCUGGGAGCCAAGGCAUUUGGAGAUGGGCUGUCGCCAAUCAAACAUGUCACACAGCGAGAACUGAUCAGCUAUCGUACGCUUGCGUGAGCAACAACAGUUUGUGUGUUCAUAGAUCUACUGGCUACCAUUGCAAGUGCUCUUUGGGCUACGGAGGAAAUGCCUAUAUCGAAGAUGGCUGUGAGGAUAUUGAUGAGUGUAGUCUACCCAACUUUUGUAAUGGAAAUUGCCAGAACUUCCUAGGGAGCUACAGGUGCUCACAUUGCCCUCGUGGUUCAAUUUUUGAUCCUGCUAAACGUGUAUGCAUAUAUGGACAUGGCCUUCAUCCAGCUGGUCUUCUAAUUGGACUUAGCUGUGGUAUUGGAGUCCUUUUUCUUGUAGUAGGUCUAAUUUUAUUUGUUCGAAGGUGGAGGAGACAUAUGCAAAGAAAAAUUAGAAGGGAAUACUUCCAAAAAAACAAAGGCCUCCUACUUGAACAAUUGAUGUCGUCUGAUGAAAAUGUAGCACAUGAUCCAAAAAUAUUUUCCUUGGAAGAGCUAGAGAAGGCAACAGACAACUUUCAUUCAACACGUAUUCUUGGCUGUGGAGGCCAUGGCACUGUAUACAAGGGAAUUUUGUUAGAUCAACGCGUGGUUGCUAUUAAGAAAUCCAGAAUUGUGGAGCAGAACGAAAUUGAUCAAUUUAUCAAUGAGGUUGCCAUCUUGUCUCAAAUUGUUCAUCGGAAUGUGGUAAAACUUUUUGGUUGUUGCCUUGUAUCAAAGGUACCUUUACUUGUGUAUGAGUUCAUCUCCAAUGGUACAUUAUAUGAUCUUCUUCAUGGUGAACAGAGUACAACAUUCUCAUUAACGUGGGAAGAUUCUAUCAGAAUUUCACUUGAGGUUGCAAGUGCUCUUUCUUACCUCCACUCUGCUGCAUCAAUACCCAUAUUCCAUAGAGAUGUGAAAUCAGCCAAUAUACUCUUAAACGACAAUUACACUUCGAAGGUUUCAGACUUUGGCGCGUCAAGAUCCAUCUCCAUUGACGAAACUCGUGUGGUGACAAUUGUACAAGGGACAUUUGGGUAUUUGGAUCCUGAAUACUUCCAUACAUGCCAACUAACUGAGAAAAGUGAUGUUUACAGCUUUGGUGUUAUACUUGUUGAGAUCCUAACAAGGAAGAAGCCUAUCAUAGUAAAUUGUUUCGGUGAAAACCAAAACCUAGGUCAUUGCUUUCUUCAAACACUACAACAUGGAACAAUCAUGGAAAUAGUGGAUCCCCAAAUUGCUAAGGAAGCAAAUGAAAGUGAAAUAAACGAAAUGGCAUCGCUUGCAGAAAUAUGUUUACGAAUCAGAGGAGAAGAAAGGCCUAAAAUGAAAGAGGUGGAGUUAAGGCUGCAGCUCCUAAGAGCUAUGAUAACUGAGAGAAGCCGUCAGGAGUUACUAAGGAACAAUGGAAUUGGGCCAUCAGUACAAUCCAAUUCCAGCACUACAUCUGUGACCAGGAGUGUUGUGCUUCGUGCAGGUAUUGGCAUAUCCACUGAUCAGGAUGCAACUCGUUGCUAUACCAUGGAGCAAGAGCUCGUUUCUUGGACAGAUCUACCGCGCUAAACUGUACUACUCUAUCUUUUAUGAGACAUCACAAACUAUUCUCUGCCGUCUUUUUCUGGACUGUUUCCUUUUAGCGUGUGAAAAAAAAACAGAUUAACUUUUUGAAUGUUUGUUGGUUUAGUGAAAGAUCUUCUUCACUUCCUCCCUCUAGAGUGGGCCGAGUUAGUAACUUGAGAGUCUGUUUGGCCGCAAGUUUGGUAUAAUAAUAUGACAAUUAUGCAGAUAUCUGAUGACGCAUAUGACUACAAGUAUUCAGAGGUUCUGUGGGGCAUGCUUCGCCCAAAACUAUUUUACUGUUUUACUAUACGAUUUUGUUUGAUUGUUUGCAAUUAAUUUGUGAUAUCAUCAUUCUCUGUCUGUUAUACCUUGUAUUGUAAGGAAAUGUGUUGGAAAAAAUAAUGGAAUUCAGGGGGCUUCUUUUCUU